AUGUCCGACCUCGACUGCCACGCGCCCUGGCACCAUAUCCAAGAGAGCAGCAGCGAGGGCGAGGAGAUACAAGCAGCGGUGUUCCGCAAGCCACCAGCACCGCAGUCGCCGCGUCAGAGCAUCACUCGGGGCACUUUUGCAUUCCGAACGCCACCGAAGCCCAAAGACAAACGUCUCCGCCGCCUAGUGCAAGCGGAACGACAAGAGCUUCGAGUCUUCCUGCACGAGAACCCAUGCCCCGCGAAGAGGCUCGUGCAGCAAUGGCUGCUAGACGCGGCAAGCAGCGCAGUCCGCGGAGAACCCAAACCGCGGACCCUCGCAGGGAUACUAGAAUGCAAUGGAUGGACGUACGAAAGCCUCGGCUGGUUUCACUACCGUUCCUUCGCCGACCUCUGGCGAUCCGGCACGACUGCAUUCGCAGCCAGCGUCGACGCACAGCGUGCAGCCGGCAUAUGCCUCUACCAACGAGGAGGAAGAGAAUGCAUGCAGUUCAACUACUAUGUGCUCCACUACGCGAUGUGCGGCGAGGACUUCGUCGCCAACCCUCCACUAUCGGCCUUCGGCUUCGUCAACCGGAUCGAGAAAGCGUGGGACGGCAUCGGAUCCUGGAAGGCUUGA